AUGUUCUAUAUAUUGAGAAUUAAAGACAAAUAACAUUUUAUUACGGUAGCAUUUGUUCAUAAAUAUGGCUUCAAAGAUUAUCAUAGCGCUGGCCGUUAUCGCAGUAACAGUCUGCAGUGCCUCAGGCUCCAGCCGAAUCAUCGGAGGCAAUGCAACUGAAAUCGAGAACUAUCCCUCGGCCGUCCAAGUCGAGUUUAGCACCAUCUUCACCUGGACCCAGCAGUGUGCCGGCAGCAUCCUCAACUCACUCUUCAUAUUGUCGGCUGCUCAUUGCUUUUCUGGAAGCCUUUAUUCCGCGCGAGAUCGCCGUAUCAGGGCUGGCACAGCAACUCGCAACUCCAGCGGCUUUAUCUUCGAAAUCCUCCACGCGAUCAACCACCCAAACUUCGAUAACAUGACCCUGGACUCUGACAUCACCGUCGUCAGACUGGCUACUCAGCUGACGUACAGUCCUACCAUUCAGCAGGCCACUAUCAUUGCUCCUGGGUUUGAAUUCCCAGCUAACAUUCCUGUAAAAUAUAUCGGAUGGGGUCUUACUUCGUCAACGGGCCAAGCCUCUCAUGCUGACGUCCUCCAAGAAGCCGAAGUCCUAACAGUCGACCGCUCUGUUUGUGCUCAGACCUACCUCUCGCUCCCAUCUCCAAGAAACAUCACCGGCAAUAUGAUCUGUUCUGGUCUUCUUGGCGUUGGUGGUCGUGGUGCAUGUACAGAUGACGCGGGUGGUCCCUUGUACUACCUCAAUAUCGUGAUCGGCGUGAUAUCCUGGGGCCAGGGCUGUGCGCUGCCCGACUUCCCAGGAGUUAGCACAAACGUCGCUGCCUUCACUAACUGGAUCAGCGCUACUGCAACGUAAACGCUGGAUGGAACCUCGUACUGUUCUUAUUAAACCAUUUUAUGAAAUUUUA